AUAAAAAAAAAUAGAUCGAUAGUAUUAUGAGCUCCAACUCAAGGCAUCGAGAGAGAGUAAGAGGAGAGGGAAAGAGAUUGUUUAUAGAGCAAGCAAUCACCAAUCACCAUAUAUAAUAACUAUGGAGUCAACAAAGUUGUUAAAUGAUGGAGCAAAGCAAAUAAUGGUGCAAACCAAGGAUCACAACCUGUCCAAUGGCGGCGAUGUUGUUAUCGAUCUUGACCGUGGUGACCCUAAGAUGUUCUAUACAUAUUGGAAGAAAGUGGACAAUGAAUGCUCGGUGAAUAUCAAAGCAUCAGAGCUAAUUAGCUACUUCCCAAACCCUAAAGAUGCUGACUUUUUCUGCCAAAUGCCGGAGUUCAUAGACGCCGUCCAUAGGGUGCAUCGGCUGGUCGGAAAUGCAGUAACCGAGGGCCGGUAUAUCAUCGAAGGAACAGGAUCAUCUCAACUGUUUAUCGCUGCGCUUCGUGCCUUGGCUUGUACUGCCAAGGAGACUACUAGUAACAAGAAGCACAUACCCGUUGUUUGUGCUGAGCCCUAUUACUCGUUUUACAAAGAGGUGAUAGAGCAAGAGAGAUCAGAACUCUAUCAAUGGAAAGGAGAUGCUAAUACUUUCCAAUCUGAAUCUGGUCCAUACAUUGAAGUUGUGACAUCUCCAAAUAACCCUGAUGGUACAACUCGAAAGCCGGUACUUAAGGGGGAAGAAGGGAUGGUGAUACAUGACCUUGCUUACUACUGGCCACACUAUACACCCAUAACAUCUCCAGCUGACUAUGAUGUUAUGCUCUUUACAUUGUCUAAGGCUACGGGCCAUGCUGGAUCGCGAGUAGGGUGGGCCAUUGUAAAGAACAAAGAGAUUGCCAAAAAGAUACACAAACACUUAUUUUUGAUGAGCAUUGGAAGUUGCCAAGAAGGGUUUAUUCGAGCUACAAAAAUCAUUCAUUUUGUGGCGGAUAGUUAUGAGCAUGAUGUAGAUUAUAUGCUUGUGAAGCCUCCAAAGGUGCCUGUACUAUUUGAAGCCGAGGGGCUCUUCGAUUACGGCCACCGUAUCUUGGCGUUACGUUGGAAGAGGCUUAGAGCUAUUGCCCAACGCAGUGAAGUAGUUAGCCUUCCAGACUUUUCUCCGGAAUUUUGUAACUUUAAGGGAAAGCUCACUUAUCCUACUCCAGCAUUUGCGUGGUUGGAGUGUAAAACGGGUGAAGAUGCUGAACAACUUACGAGGAAGAUGAAGAUCCAAGCAAGAAAUGACUCUAAGUUCGGCGUUAGCGUCUCUAGAAGAUAUGUAAGAGUUAGUAUGGUGGGAGAUGAUCACAGUUUCAACCUCUUCAUUGAAAGACUCUCAUCUCUAAGUAUUAUGUAAUUGUUGAUUUAUAAUUUUCAGCUAUUUAUUUAAUUUAUUUGCCAAUAUAAGAUGAUUUAUUAUUUCCCAAUAAUGGAGAUUAUUGAUGUAAUAAUGUUUUAAUUCAAAAUUGAACAACACCAUUCACGUGGGUUUAGAAAGAGAUUCAUGUGAUAGAUCUCAUUUGUAGUUAUUUUUGCUUUAUAUCGUGUAAUAAACUUCUCGAAGGUGAUGGCGAACCGGCUUAAGAUCA